AUGUCGUUUCAUAUAUCAGGUGAAGAAGAAACUAGUAAUAACAUUCACAUUUCCAUUCAAUAUUACUAUGUCUCACUUCCAAAAUACGUCUCUCCUGGUACGCCCCUGAACGUAUUAGUCCACGUGACCCAGUCUGGAAGCCCUGUAUCCUUUCUGGCAGAAAUUGUAGCUUCCAACGAUUCUGACGUAGCCAGUGUCCGGAAACACAUUGUCAAUGAUGUUCCUGAAAGCUUGCAGGUUAUGGUUCCUAGCGACCUUCCCAAAGAUGACUACAAGAUAGUUGUGUCUGGGACUGGUGGACUUUCCUUCCAUAAAGAGGCUAAACUGUCCUAUGAGGAGAACAUUCUUGUGUUUAUUCAGACUGAUAAGACACGUUACUCUGGCGGUCAACAAGUUAAAUAUAGGGCAGUGUUUUUGUUGCCGACUCUUGCGAACUUCAACGGUAGCGCUGUCAUUUCAUUCUACGAUGGCAAUGGAAACAGAAUAGAGUCAAGAGGGCCGACGGCAAUAACAGACGGUGUGAUUGGCGGAGCCCUUGAUUUAAGCAGGGAACCUGUUUUCGGCGAUUGGAAAAUAAAGGUUCAUGUUCAGCAAACAACCGUUUCGAAGCAGUUUAAGGUCUUCGACUACAUUUUGCCGAUCUUUAGUGUUGAACUGACUUUGCCGCAAAACAUGAAAUCAACAGAUCAGAGCAUAACUAUUUCAGUGAAAGCAAGAUAUACGUUUAAUAAAGACGUUAUCGGCACUUGCAUCAUUCAGAUAUAUGACGCGGACUACCAGCGAUUCAAUAUGGAUUUUGAACAGGAGAUAAGAGGAACAACACAUUUUAUUAUUAACAUGCAUGACCUAGAACGAAAUAUCCGUCUACAAUGGAACAUAAAAAUUCGAGCUUUGGUAACAGACAAUGCAACUGCACUUACAAUGGCUGAAGAAAAAGAUUUGAAAAUCGAUGUACAGAAACAAGAUAAAUGGAAAAUCAAACAAAUAAUCGAUAGGGAAGGAUUUUUACCAGGUCUAACUUAUUCAACGAUCGUACGCCUGACUAACCACGAUGACGCUCCUAAUAUAUCAGGAGAAUUUAGAUACGCAGCAACAUUUCAUCGAGUUGUUAAAAUGACUUGUCCUGCUGGAUCAUUUCUAAAAGAAACCUUAAACGUGACUUAUACUCAUCUGAAUGGCAACGCUUCAUACGACACUUCUGGGUUCGCUGUGAUCACAUUCUUGGUACCACCAGGGCCUAUUGAAAAAAUCGAACUUUUAGUGACCGAUCAAUACACAAAAGCAAGCAUGUACAAAAACUUGUACUCGUUUUCAAGGAAUUCAUUUCCGCUUCUUCGGGUUUGGACAAACACACCUGAUGUUAUGGUUGGAGAUAUAAUUGAUCUGCGUGUUGAGUCGACAGAAGCCUUGGUUGGAAAUGUCACAAUGGAGUUCUACUCACGUGAAAAGAUGAUACGACUUAUUCAAGCACCUGCCAGCAAUUCAAGGAUAAUAGGUCUUAAUGUUCCGAUAUCAGAAGACAUGUUUCCCCGGUUGUUCCUCAUGGUGUCACACAUAACACAGUCAGGACACAUUCUAUCGGACAAUGUAGUGAUCCAAAUCCAAGGGAAGCCCUUUAUUAAUAAGGUGGACGUUAAAUUUAACACAACACUGACCACGCCACGGCAAACAGUCGACAUGAAAGUGAAAGCAGAUCACGGAUCGACUGUUUAUAUAUUAGUUGAGGACGAACAGAAUCGCUUGCUUGGAUCAGACAAUGACAUUUACGCAAAUGAGAUUAUCGACGAAGUUCUUAAAGUAUCUCACAACACGUCUUCUAAUCUUGGGUGGAGAAGAGAACAUGUUGAUAGAGACAGACGCGAGUAUGGCUUGUACGGCGAUACUGAUGACGGUUAUAUGCAAACAGGAUUGAUACUGUUUACAGACGGGACAUUGUUUGAAAGAAGGAAUGCUAAUGAUUUGCUUUUGUUCAAUCGAUUGACCGUAAAUGAAUGUGAUGAAUAUUUACCAAGGCAAUGGACGAGGAACGAUCUUUGGGUCCGCCUUGUAAGUAGAAGUAGCAAUAUAGCAUUACAGAAAAUGUAG